AUGUUGACGAGUUCUAGUUUCAAUUUCACGGUGAGGAGGCAAAUGCCGGAGUUGGUUCGACCGGCAAGGCCAACACCUCUCGAAACCAAACCUUUAUCUGACAUUGAUGAUCAAGAAAACCUACGACAUCACACUCACAUCAUACAUUUUUACAAAAGGAGAAUCGAAUUUUCAAAUGAUGAUGAGAAGGAAGAAAACGACCCAUUGAAGGUAAUCAAAACAGCUUUGGCAGAAACAUUAGUGUUUUACUAUCCGUUUGCUGGGAGGCUUAGAGAAGGCUCCGGAGGGAAACUUAUGGUAGAGUGUACGGGGGAAGGGGUCAUGUUCAUCGAGGCUGAUGCCGACGUGACGCUGGAUGGAUUCGGGGAGGAGAUUCGGCCUCCGUUCCCGUGCAUGAAGGAGCUGAUUUUUAACGUUCCGGGCACUGAUGGAAUUCUUCAUUCUCCUCUGCUACUCAUACAGGUAACGCGUCUUCAGUGUGGUGGUUUCAUCUUCGGCCUUCGCCUGAAUCACACAAUGUCUGAUGCUUGUGGAUUGGUUCAAUUCAUGACGGCGGUUUCCGAAAUAGCCCGAGGAGCCUCCACCCCGUCCAUCCUCCCGGUUUGGAGUAGAGAGCUCUUACAAUAUCCAAGAAAUCCUCCAAAACUCACCAAUGUCCAAGAUGAUGAACACAAUUCGCCUGGUUCAGAUUCUGAAGCAACCCAAAUUUCUGUUGUCGAUGGGAAUGACAAAAUCAUGGUUUGCAGAUCAUUCUUUUUCGGCCCUUCCGAGAUCUCCACCCUCCGGACCUUCCUGCCGCAACACAUCCACAGCCAAUACUCCACUUUUGAAGUACUCACCGCCUGUCUAUGGCGCUGUCGCACCAUUGCCCUCGAAAUCGACCCGAAUGAAAGAGUAGGGAUUCUCUUCUGCGUGAAUGCUCGUUCCAAGUUUGAUCCUCCUUUGCCUAAAGGGUACUACGGCAAUGUUUUGGCCGUCCCAUUGGCGCUGACGACGGCCGGAGAAUUGAUGAAAAACUCAUUAGGAUACGCAGCGGAACUUGUGAUGAAGGCUAAAUUGGAGGUAACUGAGGAGUACAUGAAAUACGACGCGAGCUUGCUUGUUAUGAAAGGAAGGCCGAUUCCUAACAUCUCAUCACCGAUCUUGGUGACGGAUUUGAGACGGAUCGGGUUAGAUGAAGUGGAUUUCGGGUGGGGAAAACCGGACUAUGCUGGAAUAGCCUUAGGAAAUGAUAUAGGGGAGAUGAAUGGAGUGCAUUGUUCUUACGUACCGACCAAGAAUAAACAAGGAGAAAAAGGCGUACUGGUUCCGGUUUGCUUGCCGAGGUUUGCCAUGGAAAAAUUUGUUCAGUUGUUUGAAAUGAUGGGGGAAGGGAAUUGA